AUCAGAAUUGCCGCUCACAUUGCUGCUGCACGCCAGUCACUUUGCGGAUGGGGUCUGGAGAAGCGUUUCCGGGUGUAAUAGAUUAUUGGUAAUCUUCUGCAGUUUAGCGGUCGGCAACGGCCUCUCAGUGACCACACCUGGGAAAAGCCCCUGGAUUCUAGGGCAAGGACCACCCAACGACUGAGCUAUGCGUCUUGCAGGUCCUGUGCGCAUUGUUGUGGUUCUCCUCACUGUGGGGCUGACAUGGAUAUUAGCGGGUGUUAUGCUUGGAACACAGAGUGGCUUUCCUCGGAUACAGCAGCUCCUGGGUGCAGGUGGUGAAGUGAGCAGCACAACUGAUCCACGCCCCAGGCGGUACAAGUGCAGCCUGCCUCAGCCCUGUCCAGAGAAGCAUUUCGCUAUUCGUGUAGUGAGCGGCGCUGCAAAUGUCAUUGGACCAAAGAUCUGUCUGGAGGAUAAAAUGUUGAUGAGCAGUGUUCAGAAUAAUGUGGGUCGUGGGCUCAACAUAGCUCUGGUAAAUGGGGUGAACGGGGAACUUCUGGAGGCCAAGUCUUUUGACAUGUGGAGCGGAGAUGUGUCACAGCUGAUGAAGUUCUUAUUACCAAUACACGAAGGGACUUUGGUUCUGGUCGCUUCGUAUGAUGAUCCGGCCACAAAGAUGACUGAGGAUGCCCGAAAACUGUUUGCAGAGCUGGGCAGCACGGCAAUAAAAGACGUAGCGUUCAGGGACAGUUGGGUGUUUGUAGGAGCAAAGGGUGUGCAAGAUAAAAGUCCAUUUGAACAGCUAAUAAAGAACAGUAAGAGCAGCAACAAGUACGAGGGUUGGCCAGAAGCUGUGGAGCUGGAGGGCUGCGUCCCUCAGCGCACGCAAGAUUUGGAGUGACGGGAACGAGAAUAAAAUGUUACUGUGGAGAGGUAGCUGGAGUGGCCAGACCUGGGCUUACCAUAAUACAGCUGGACUUUCUGUCUGACUCCCAUUUGCACCUUUGGCUGGGGGUAGAGAUACUACGGCAAUCGUUAAGAUGCGCAGUUUAUAAUUAAUUGCACUGAAAUUGACUUUCUUUUACGAGUUAUGUACAGACAUAGAUAAUACUCAGAUUCACUGAGAUAUCCAAGAAUAAACCCUCCCGAUAUCUGAAUUGGGCAGCUAUUUGUCUACUGUCCAACAACUGCGGUUCCGGAAACUGCAAGUCACCAUUAUUAUUUUUUUUUUAGCUAUAACUGGCUGACUGUCCUUCCAAGAAAAUCAAACUAUAUAAUUAAAUGGAAACUAAGGGCUAUAAUGGCCCAAUCUGUUUGACGUAUUUAUUAUCAUAUUUUAAAUAACUGAUUUUAUUAUAAAUGCGCUGUUUUUUGUUUUUUUUCACCUACUGACCAGUAAGUUGUUUUGUAUAUUCUCAACCUUUCGUCAUGGUUUAAAAAUGUAUUUGUUUCCAUUGGCUGUUAUGCAUUGUUUGACAACCAAAGGGGUGAAAGACAAACUUGUAUAUAAGUAAUAUGUUCUAGGUAUUAACACCUGUAAAUAGGCAACCUUUUUCUCUUUGAACUGUACAUUGAUGCACAAGAGGUUUGCUGCACUUUUUGGCUGAACAGUAAUUUUAGGAACAUUUUGUGAUUGUAUCUGUGCCCGACUUCCUUGCAUUAAAUCGAAACACCAUAACACCCAGGUGCCGUAGGUAUUGGUAAGCAUAAAAUAGUAUAGGUAGAUCUAUCUAUCAUUUAAUAGGAAGUUGACAAUAAAAGACAGUGCUACUAACUUACACAUUAUGUUUUAUAAACUGAUACUAUACAGUAAAGAGGGGUUUUGUAUUAUAUGGACCGCCCACUAGGAAUCGGACAUGUACACAAGGAACUGUUAAAAAGUCAAAAACAAUUUCUGGGUCUCCAUUGUAAAUGUAGAGUAAAAAUCCUUUAUUCACAGCUUGUGCUGUGGCAAAGUAUAUGAAAGUUAUCAGGAAAAAAAAAAAAGAUUGUAAAAACCAUAGUAUAUCUGCUUUUUUAAAGGGCUGAAGAUUCAUAUUAACUAGAAACUUGCUGGUCCAAGACAGUGUUGAUAAUAAUUUAAGGUUGUAAAGCCUGUGAUCUCAAGAAUAAAAUCCUUUAUUCUCUG